GGUGAUGUAAACAAGGAAGUAACAAGUGCAAGCAAAGGAAGAUAAUGCGACACUCCUGUUAUUUGUAACUACUUUCAGUUUUACCAGAGUAUGGAUAUUUUUAGGACGUCAACAGACCUCGUUAAAGCAAAUAAAUAGUUAGGUUAGCUUUUUAUUUUACUUCCGUGUCAGCACUUUGUUAACGCUGGCUGGACAAUGGAGGAACAACACAAGAAGAUUCUUCAGCGCAAUAGGAUUAAUUUGGUGACAGACUUGGAACCGUCGAAACUUUACGAUGCCCUGCUUGAAAAAGGCGUUUUCACUCAGGAUAUGAUCGAUGAAAUAAAGAGCGCUGGGAUCAGACGAAACCAGGCCAGACAACUAGUUCAGGACUUGGAAACUCGCGGGAGAAGAGCCUUUCCGUUGUUUCUGGAGUGUCUUCAGGAAACUGGCCAUCAUGGUUUGGUGGAAAUCCUACAGAACGGAGCUCCAGCAGUUCAUAUUCAGCCUGCAACACCAUCACAAGCUGAUCGUCCUGAGCUACAACCUCUCCCACUCAUCCCUUUAGUGGAGAUUGAUAAACAAAACAAAGACAUCCUCCCUGUCUAUCCAUUACAGAAGCCCACUACUCUCACUCCAUCCCCUGGGACGGAGCCGUUUAGACCAGGACCACAGGGCAGACCACGCAGUGAUAGUAUUCAGAACUAUAAAAUGGAUGCCAGCCCAUGUGGUUAUUGCCUCAUCAUAAACAAUGUGGAGUUUGAACCUAAGAGUGAACUAAAAGUUCGAAGAGGCUCCAACAUAGACUGUAAGAAGCUGGAAAGACGGUUCAAGGCAUUCAACUUGAUUGUUGAAGUCAAGACAAACCUGAAACGAAACCAAAUCCUACGCGAGCUGUCAGCUUUGUCUAAAAAGGAUCACUCCCAGUAUGACUGCUGUGUGUUGGCCAUGCUCUCGCAUGGGACUGAGGUGAGUCAUAACCGUUUCCCCGGUGCUGUUUUUGGAGUGGAUGGACAGUACGUAUCAGUUCAACAAAUCACAAACUACCUCAACGGCCAGAACUGCCCUUCUUUACAAGGAAAACCCAAACUUUUCUUCUUUCAGGCCUGUGGAGGAGAUGAAAAAGACAUAGGCUUCGAGGUGUCUCCUGACGAGGCUCAACAGUCAGUCAGAGGAUUAGAUGACCAAACGGACGCCAUUCCCUCGUCCUCCAGCAGCGACUCUCUGAGCAUGUCCGAUGAGGUCGACGCCAGAGCUUCUCUGCCCACACCGAGUGACAUCCUGGUGUCCUACUCCACUUUCCCCGGUUACGUUUCCUGGAGAGACCCAAAGGCAGGGUCCUGGUACAUCGAGACGCUGGACAACAUUCUUGAAGAAAACGCAGCUACUAAUGAUUUGGUCACAAUGCUGAUGAUGGUUAACCAUGAAGUUUCCCUAAACUCUGCUAAUGGGCUCUACAAACAAAUGCCAGGUUCCUUUAAUUUCCUCCGGAAGCGCCUCUACUUUCAAGCCCCAACUUAAUAGGAAAAUGUUUUUUUCUCAGGGUGUCUUAAUCUAGUUAACAUUGACUUUUUUUUUUUUUAGGAAAUAGAUAAAUGU